AUGACAGUCACAUAUGACUCUCCCUCCCGGGGAACAACCAACACAUCAAUGGCCACCCUCGAAGAUCGUUUUCAGGUGAUGAAGGAAGUCGGCGAUGGUAGCUUUGGUAGCGUGGCGCUUGCACGCGUACGAACUGCCGGGUCCCAUAUCGCGCGCCGAGGAACAAUGGUCGCUAUCAAAACAAUGAAGAAGACAUUUGAUUCCUUACAACCAUGUCUAGAGUUGCGCGAGGUCAUCUUCUUGCGCACAUUGCCGGUGCACCCACACCUGGUCCCGGCUCUUGAUAUCUUCCUCGACCCCAUGUCUCGCAAACUCCACAUCUGUAUGGAGUACAUGGAUGGUAACCUGUACCAAUUGAUGAAGGCCCGCGACCACAAGUAUUUCGAAGGAAAGCACGUCAAGGGUAUCUUGUAUCAAAUCCUGUCCGGACUGGACCACAUCCACGCCCAUCACUUCUUCCACCGCGAUAUCAAACCCGAGAACAUCCUUGUCUCAACCUCCGCCCCUAACGACUCGACUUUCAGCCGCUACUCCAACCUUGUCACCCCUCCAUCUACCCCUCCAACAUACACCGUGAAGAUUGCCGACUUUGGUCUCGCCCGUGAGACUCACUCCAAGCAACCUUACACCACAUACGUUUCAACUCGCUGGUAUCGGGCACCGGAAGUCCUUCUCCGCGCAGGAGAGUACUCUGCCCCGGUUGAUAUGUGGGCUGUGGGUGCCAUGGCUGUGGAGGUCGCGACCCUGAAGCCUCUGUUCCCUGGAGGCAACGAGGUUGAUCAGGUUUGGCGUGUCUGCGAAAUCAUGGGUAGCCCUGGCAACUGGUACAGCAAGUCUGGUGCCAAGAUCGGCGGUGGUGAAUGGCGCGAGGGAUCGCGAUUGGCUCACAAGUUGGGCUUCACUUUCCCAAAGAUGGCGCCCCAUGCGAUGGACACUGUCCUUCCACAGCCUCAAUGGCCCGCUGCUUUUGCUGAGUUCGUGACCUGGUGUCUGAUGUGGGAUCCUAAGAACAGACCCACAUCAACCCAAGCGUUGAACCAUGAGUACUUUGCCGAUGCCGUCGAUCCUUUGCGUCCCAAGUCCUCAACUUCAACAAGGCUGCUUGGCCGCAAGCCCUCCGACCGAAGCUUCAAAUCCCCGACCCUUACCCCCCACGACUCUCCUACUCUCUCUACCAAGCCCUCGUGGUUCCGCAGAUCUUUGAUCGGCCGUUCUGAAAGCCCCGUUCCUUCCGAAAAUGAUAGUCCCAUCAGACCCCCAGUUGUCACUCACCACACCGUUCCCGAAAUCCAGCCGGUUAAGGCUCGCCCUUCCAAUGCUAAGCGAGCUACGUGGGCCAACGGUGCUCCGAUGCCCAUUCUGCCUUCGAUCCGCCCUGUUUCUCCACUCUCAGCUUCCGUCACUGCGCAAGCUAACUCGACUGUCGCGCACAGUGACACAUUACAGGUUGAGUCUGAAGCUAGCAAGGCCAGCAAGAAGAUUGGCCGCCAAUUGUCUGUCAACUCCAACGGCAACCACUACUCCGAUGCAAACCGCCUGGAGGCCGAGCGGAUGCUAAAUGGUUCUGGAAGCACUACACCUACUACCAAGGAGAGCUUCUUCUCGCACUUGCGCAAGCGUGCCCGCAGACUCUCCGGUCGCAACCAAGCCGCUGUUGCCGCUGAUGAUGUCGAGGCCAAUGCUGGGUGCAUUCCAUGGUCCAACCGGUCUUCCAUGGCCAUUGACGGUGCCAACAUUGCUGACGCCAAGCAGCAACACUCUGAUCUGAGCGAGCUUGAUAAGGCGCUUCAGGGGGUGAAGUACGCGCUGGACUCAUCUAGUCUCAGCAACGUGCCUGUGCAUUUGAACUCUGAUGCCAGUAGCAUUACCAAACGCCAGUCUAUGCCUCAGACUACUGGCGCCAACCCUGGGCCCAUCUCCAGCCGCACUCGACGGGCAUUGCAAAUGACUAGCCAUCCCGUUCAUCGUUACGAGACGCCCGAGGAGGAAGAUGAGCUUCUGGACGAGGUCUUGCACUCGGCCAGUAAGGCUGCCCGUCGCUUGGCUCAGACUCAGUCCAUGACUUCUCAGCCUCGUGCUUUGCCAAGCCCAUAUCCCACGCCCUCGCCUACAGCAGCCCACCGUGAAAGCUACUUUGACACACCUGACAGCCACAUCGCCAAGCCUGAUAACAUCACUUCGAACCGGCAAUGGCCCACACCUCCCUACGAGGAGUCUGAGUGGAAUCACAAGGCAUCUUCUCACUACACCCCUUCCGGAUCGAACUAUAUCUAA